CAGGACAGACUUGCACUGCUGCGCCUCCUGAUGGAGCAUGAGAGCGACCGUCUGCACACCUGGGCGGCACCUCUCGAGGCGCGCCAGAGGCGCCACAACCCAGGGCAAUGGAGUGCACACUCGGCAGCUGCAUGGGCCACCCACCCUAGACUCGCCCUUGCACUCCUUGACCGGUUCCCUGUGGAAGCGAGCUUGCGGCAACAAGUGGAGGUGCUAGUGGUACAGUGCUCGGCGCAGGCUCGGCUGCAGGCACUACCAGAGGCAGCAGCACUGCUGGCCACCCCUGCGGCUGCCAAGUCUGGCGACGGCGCACUGUCCAACCUGAAGCACUGGGCCCCUGCACCUUUACUACAGGCUCUGGUGAUGAUGGGCGGACCUGCAGGGCAGGCGGCGGCUGUGCGCACAUACUCGCUGCGUUCCCUCCAGGGCUGUGCGCCUGAACAGGUGGCGUUCUUUCUGCCACAGCUGGUGCAGCAGCUGCGGCGCGAUGAGGGCGGCCUGAUCAGAAGCUUCUUGCUGGACGCUGCGCAGCGCUCCAUGCUCUUUGCACACCACCUGGUGUGCACUCUGAGGAGCGAGGCAAAGCCGUCGGAAGAGGCGUUCUCUCCCGCAGUCAAGCGAUCUGGCUGGCAGCCUCCCCAAGACACCGGCCUCUGGGACAUUGCCGGCCAGGUCCAGGAGCAGGUGUUUGAGCAGAUGCCGGAGGAUGCGUUGGCGUUUCUGGAGGCCGAGCUGAGCUUCUUUGACGCCGUGACUGACAUUAGCGGCUCGCUCUAUCCUGUGCGAAAGGACGAGCGCAAGGCCGGGGCAGUCAGGCUUGCUCGCGAGCUCAAGCUACAGCGGGAUGACCUGUACCUGCCCACCAGCCCGCACUACCGCGUGAAGGGUGUCAUCCCCGAGUCGGCCACUCCGAUGCAGAGCGCUGCCAAAGUACCCAUCCUGGUUGCGUUUCAGGUGGAGGACAUGGACCGGCAGGAGGAGGGUGCGCGGGUGCAGGCGUGCAUCUUCAAGGUGGGCGACGACUGCCGGCAGGAUGUCCUCGCGCUGCAAGUGGUGGGCCUGCUGAAGGAUGCGCUGGCAAAGGCGGGGCUGCCGCUGUACCUGGCGCCUUACGGCGUCCUGCCCACUGCUUACGAGUGCGGCAUCAUCGAGGUGGUGCCCAACUGCAACUCGCGCAGCGGGCUGGGAGAGACAGCGGAUGGGGGCCUUUACGAUAUAUUCAGGCGCGAGUUUGGGGCACCAGGAACCCCUCGCUUUGAGGCUGCCCGCCAAAACUUCAUCGUCUCCGAAGCUGGUUACGCGAUAGCGUGCUUCCUGCUGCAGGCGAAGGACCGCCACAACGGCAACAUCUUGAUCGAUGUUGAUGGGCAUCUAGUGCACAUCGACUUUGGAUUCAUCCUGGAGAUCUCGCCCGGGGGCAACAUGCGCUUCGAGUCGGCCGCCUUCAAGCUGUCUCACGAGAUGACCCUGCUUGUCGACCCUGGCGGCAGCCGCGCGUCGCGCGAGUUCUGCCGGUUUGAGAACCUCUGCGUGCGCGGCUUCCUUGCGGCUCGGGGCGUGGCAGAGGGGAUCAUAGCUACGGUGGCUCUGAUGGCUGAGAGCGGGCUGCCCUGCUACGGGCGCGGUCGGCCGGUGGAGAAUCUGAGGAAGCGCUUCCACCUGGAGAUGAGCGACUCGCAGGCUGCUGCCUUCAUGCAGGCCACCAUCCGCGAUGCCUAUGACAAGUGGACCACCGGCUUCUACGACUAUGUGCAGUAUUUACAGAAUGCCAUUCCCAAGUAA